CCAUGCAAAUCAUUCUACUGCUAGAGUCUCAUUGGCCGCUUGUGGCUCAUUUAACCGCUGUCAGUGCGCAUCAUAUGGCCGCCGCUUUAACCAACUUCUCAACUCCGACAGGGAAAGUAGCUCAUUGCGCAUUCUAUCACAGUGGAUGUGAACCAACCCAGGCGAAGACAGGGUGAAAUACUGGUUGGAGAACAUUUUAUAUCCCUUUUCGGAUUAAUUUUUAUCUCGUAUUUGAAUGAUUUGGGUUUAGAAUAUUUAAUUUUGCAACCAAGUCAUCCAGUGCGCACCCGAUCUUGUGCGCGCCUAUCUUCAAAUAGACUUUUUCUCUGUUGGUGGUGAAGUUUAAAAUCAGGUGAAUGUAUAGCAUGAUGAUGGAAACUGACCUCCAUUCCCCUGGUCCCCAAACGAACACUACCACGGGGCAAACAGGGCCGAACAGCGGGUCCAAAGCGAAUCAGGAACGGGUGAAGAGACCGAUGAACGCGUUCAUGGUCUGGUCCCGUGGGCAGCGGAGAAAGAUGGCACAGGAGAACCCCAAAAUGCACAACUCAGAGAUCAGCAAACGGCUGGGUGCCGAAUGGAAAGUGAUGUCCGAGGCUGAGAAGCGCCCUUUCAUUGACGAGGCGAAACGGUUGCGAGCUAUGCACAUGAAGGAGCAUCCGGAUUACAAGUACCGGCCAAGACGGAAGACCAAGACGCUGCUGAAAAAGGACAAAUAUUCCCUUGCCGGUGGACUGCUUUCUGGGCCCAGUGGGGGCGGUGGAGUUGGUUUAGGGGUGGGAAUGAAUUCAUCUGGGGUCGGGCAGAGGUUAGAGAGCCCCGUGGGCCACGGAGGCUCCGCCAGCUCCGGCUACGCGCACAUGAACGGCUGGGCGAACGGUGCGUACUCGGGGCAGGUGGCUGCAGCCGCGGCGGCGGCAGCGAUGAUGCAGGAGGCUCAGCUAGCCUACAGCCAGCACCCGGGGAGCGGAGCGCACCACCACCACCACUCACACCACCAUCACUCACACAACCCCCAGCCCAUGCACCGCUACGACAUGACAGCCCUGCAGUACAGCCCCAUCUCGAACUCUCAGGGCUACAUGAACGCUUCUCCCUCCGGCUACGGUGGGAUCACCUACACACAGCACCAGGGCUCCGGCGUCUCUUCCUCAGCUGCCAUGGGGACGUUAGGGUCGCUGGUGAAGUCGGAGCCGAGUAUUUCUCCGUUGUUGGAAUAGCAUCUGCACUGGACCUUUUUGACAAAAGCAAACUGUCCAUCAUGGCUAUCACCAGUGGACAUGGAUCACUGUGGGGUCUGUGAUUAACAGAUAGCACCUUGUCUCCUCUGCUGGCAGGCCGUCAUUACGAAAAGCACUAGAAGAUAGGUGCUGUGGGCAAAGAGACCUUUAGGAAAAUGUCAGCGACAGUCAGAGCCCCAAAUUUCCUCUAUUCAUUCUUUCCCAUGUGAUGCUGAACCCCUUAAUUACACAACCCCUUUCUCCUAUUGCCUAAUGUGUUGUGCCUAAAUGCAGUGUCUGAUUUCAGAACAUGAGAACAUUUAUUUUAUCUUAUGUGGCUUUGCUUUAGAUCAGCUGUUAAAU